CAACAAUAUCAGCGGUCAGUUGUCAACAAUCACGAUAAUUUAAGAAAGUUAAACCACAAUGGCGGAUGAUGAGGGAAAUGAGGAUGUUGCUGAGGAGCAACAGCCAGAGGCCUAUGAGGACGACGCCCUCAGCCCCGUGCCUGUGCAGCCUCUAGACCCGCCCAAGUAUGAAGUUAGACCCGGCCUUGGAGAGAAGUUCCAAGCGGAGAAUAUACACGAGAUUAUAGUGACGUCCAUGCAACAGCAAUUGACGGGGCGUCAGUACCGCGCCGACCAGGCGCCGCACUGGGCGCAGAUGAUCGCCAACGGCGUGCGACAGCGGACCCAGGAGUUAGGCAUGAAGAGGUACAAAAUCCUAGUCCAAGCCGUGAUCCUCGAAAUGAAAGGCGCCGGCAUCAAGAUGGGCCAGCGCUGUCUCUGGGACCCCGAGACGGACGACUACGUGCACGGCCUUUAUAAGGACGGCAGCAUCAUGUGCCACUGCACCGUCUACGGGAUAUACAUGUACUGAGGCAAGCGGGACUACUGUUAGACACAUU